CGCGGUUACACGUGCCUGGUCUGGUGCCACAGGAUCGGAAUAAUGGACGCCGCGUGUUCUGUGACUCGUGUUGCUUUGCUUUCUUUCCCUCCUCUCGGGUCGGGUCUGCUCAUCGGGUGCAGUGUGCAAAGGUGAAGAUGGCAGAGUCCGACUGCCCUGAGAAAGGUAUAAAAUCCCCUCCCGUGUGCUCGCACCGUGGUGGUCACUCGGUUUUCUUGUAUCGCAUCAGCCUCAUUACGUUGCUUUCUCCCUCCGUUUGCUUGCAAGCAUCAUCAUUCCAGUUUUGCAAACAACCACCAGCACCAGCAACUCCGUAGUUCAACCAUCAUCUCAAGUCUCCUCACUUCUCGCACUGCACGGGACAAUACAUAUAUCACAGACCCGGCCGGAGCAAACAAACAAACACCCCGCCAGUGCCCAACCAACUGAAACAAUGGUCAUGAUCGGAGCUAGCGAACCCGAAAUGCACCUCGACCUCGACUCGGAGACAUUCCAUUCCCUCGGUGGCACCAGCGGAGGAGGCUACCGUCCUCAUCCGAGUCCGAGUCCGAGUCCCGGUCAUCACAAGCGCAAUGUGCUGCUCUAUCAGCUCCGAAUCAUGAUCCCCGGGCCGGAUGAUGACGGAGGGUGUCUACUAGUACCAGCCUCCGAUCCGGACCCACCAAAAACACCGCCGGGCGGGGGGCCGGGGCGGCCCGGCCCGCUGGGGCCGCAGCCACCGCCUAAUGUUCCGACGCCGCCUCCGUCGCCUCAUUAGAUACCUACUGCCAGUGUGCUGUGCUGCCAGUGUCGGCCGGAUGCUUGUGGGAAUCAGGAUGGCAUAUGUAUCACAUGUCACGGGCAUGAACAUGAUCAUGAUUAUGAUGAGAGCAUUGUGUCCGAGUCGGCACUGUGUUGGAAGCAACUGAACUGAACUGAACUGAACUGACAGUUGGCGAGUGGAAGGUCAGCUGGAAUCGUAACUCCUUUCGCCUCUUUCUUCAAUGAAAACUGUAUUCUUUAUCUGCUGUAUCAGUCUAUAUAGACUUUUCCAAUUUUCUUGGAUGUGUCGUGUGACGGAUAGCAUUGUUACGGCGCCGUUUGUAUAUUUGUUGACAAACCGUGGACCCUGGCUGCUUGCCCCUUCU